AUGGCAGUUUUUGAAUAUUAUCUGGCCAGAGAUGGCUCCCUGAUCCCAGCUAUAUUUGCUGGCUUAUUCGUAUCACUUUCUAUGAUAACAAUGCUUUAUUUUCUUGGAUUGAUCAAAGAGAAGGAAUGUCUGAUGUUACCGUUGAUCACUGUUCAAAUCGUUGCGUGCGCUUUCUUAGGACUUCUCGUGAUCGUUUGGUGGAUUGGUACACUAUUAGCCUUUUUUGAUUUAGUUUACUAUAAAAGUUUAAUCAGUUUCCUCUCAACGAAAGAGUUCUAUGUGUCGAUUGGAUGCAUUCUAUUACUCAUUUUCUUUGCCACUUGCAAAAUCUCAAGGAUAUUUUAUAAUGGAUUUCAACGAAUUGAACAAAACACAUAUUACAAGCGGAGUUUCACAAAUGGAAUGGUUCGAUCGUUGUCAAGAAGUACCACUUGUAAACCGACUGAGAUA